GAUGCCCCUGGGGCUGCAAGUGCCAGCAGCCUGCACGCCCGGGGCCCUGGCUGGCUCCAAGGCUGCAGGAGGCCUCCACUUUCUCGUCCAGAGGAGGCCCCCAUACACCCAGAAAGGGCUGCCGCCUCCUGGGUGCCCCUGCAGAGAUCCUGGUCUUCCCAGGGUGAAAACACCGCCUCUUCCUGGGGAACGGAAGACACCCCAGUGAAAACAGAGGUGCCAGAGAGCAGAAAGCCGGCCUGGGCCUGGGAGCCUCCUCUGGCCGGCCCGGCAGCUCAGAGGUCAAAGGUCAUGGCCCAGUGAGCCUCCCCUGGGCCCAGCCCCCACCCACCCACCCACCCCCACCCCGAGCAUGGUCCAGGCCCACAGGGGGCACUCCAGAGCACAGCCACCGGCCACCCUUCCCCUGAGGGCAGCCAUGACCCAGCUUCCACCUGACCAGGCGCCAGCCAAGAAGCACGUGCGCCUGCAGGAGAGGCGCGGCUCCAAUGUGGCUCUGAUGCUGGAUGUGCGGUCCCUGGGGACCGUGGAGCCCAUCUGCUCGGUGCGCACGCCCCAGGAGGUCACCCUGCACUUUCUGCGCACAGCCGGGCGCCCCCUCACCCGCAGGGCCCUGCAGCACCAGCCACCCAGCCCCAAGCAGCUGGAAGAGGAAUUCUUGAAGAUCCCCUCAAACUUUGUCAGCCCUGAAGACCUGGAUAUUCCUGGCCAUGCCUCCAAGGACCGAUACAAGACCAUCUUGCCAAACCCCCAGAGCCGCGUCUGUCUGGGCCGGGCGCAGAGCCGGGAGGACGGAGAUUAUAUCAACGCCAACUACAUCCGGGGAUACGGUGGGAAGGACAAGGCCUACAUCGCCACCCAGGGCCCUAUGCCCAACACCGUGUCAGACUUCUGGGAGAUGGUGUGGCAGGAGGAGACAUCCCUCAUCGUCAUGCUGACACAGCUCCGAGAGGGCAAGGAGAAGUGUGUCCACUACUGGCCCACGGAGGAGGAGACCUACGGGCCCUUCCGCAUCCAGGUCCAGGACGUGAGAGAGCGCCCGGAGUACGCCGUGAGGCAGCUUACCAUCCAGCACCAGGAAGAGCGCAGGUCAGUGAAGCACAUCCUCUUCUCGGCCUGGCCUGACCACCAGACCCCAGAGUCGGCUGGGCCCCUGCUGCGCCUGGUGGCCGAGGUGGAGGACAGCCCAGAGACAGCUGCCAACACUGGGCCCAUCGUGGUCCACUGCAGCGCAGGGAUCGGCCGGACUGGCUGCUUCAUCGCCACCCGCAUCGGCUGCCAACAGCUGAAGGCCCUAGGGGAAGUGGACAUUCUGGGCAUUGUGUGCCAGCUGCGGCUGGACAGGGGGGGCAUGAUCCAGACCGCGGAGCAGUACGAAUUCCUGCACCACACCUUGGCCUUGUAUGCCGCCCAGCUGCCAGAGGAGCCCAGCCCCUGACCCUGGCACCCUCCCCCGCGCAGGGCCGCCUCCCUGGGCCUGGGAAGAGGCCCCCCAUGUCCCUCUGAGCUUAAAGCUGGCGGCUGACCUUUACAAGAGCUGGGAAAGAGGCCCAGGCAUCCUGGUCCCUGCAACGCCGCGUGAGCCUCAGUCUCCUCCUCGGACAUGGACAUCAGGUGCUUUACUGCCACCGGGGGAGAACCACCAGAGGAGCACCUAGAAGCCACUCCAGCUGCACCCCCUUCCUGGGGCUGGCAAGAGAGUGACCCCAAGAUCACCCCCCACCCUGGCCCAGCCCGAGAACAGGCCGAUGACCUGAGCUGGGAAAAGCCUGGUGCUACCUGGGCCAAGUCUUCAGCAUCCUAGCAGGGACUCUGCCUCUUCACCCACAUCCGUGAGGCUGGACACCCCCCAAAGACAGCAGGGACCAGACUGCCCCUGUGCCCACACGAGUGUCCGGGGAGCAGGCUAUGGAGCUGACCUGGUGGGACAGUUGAACUCUCUAGAAGAGGGAAAGUGUGUGGACCCCUUGGAGGCCCAGACGGCUGCCCCUGCCUCCGUAACUGCCGGCCACCCACCCCAGCUACUCUCCAGGGAGGCCCAGCAUCUUCUGCCUGCCUUCGCACCCCAGAAGGGACUCCGAGUACCCAGGGAGGACACAAGAGACGAGCAGGGAGCCGAGGGCACUGCCUGACUUUAGACAAGCAGCCCCGCCAUGGCCUCCUCCCUGCAGAGCACACCUGGACGGCUGGCUGUUGCCAUGAGCGACCCGGGUUAAAGCACCUACGUGGACCCAGGGGCUCAGGCUGAACCCGGACCCCCCGUAGUCUACCCCGGAGAGCUAACUCCCUUCCGCACCUCACACCCACACGAUGUCCAGGGCCCCCCAGCUCUAUGUCAGGGCUGACCACCACACCCCAGGGAGGCGUCCAAAUCCUUCAUCCUUGAAUCCGAGAUGGGCUGCCCAUGGGGUGAAGGCAGGCACCAUCCUUCCAGGUGUUUGGCCCCUGGGGGCUGCCUUUGCCGGGGCCAGUUCUCCGAGGAACCCCCCAAGGAGCUGGGUCCCGGAGAACAGCUGGCCUUUCCCUCAGACAGCGGUUUUGGAAAACAUGCAGCGUUGGAACCGAGGAUGACUUCCUCAUGCUUCUGCUGGUCUCCUCCUUCCUCACCGCCUGGGAAUGGGCUCACACCCUCCUGGAGCUUUCCUGCCCUAUGAGAGGCACUCCCGGGGCCCGGGGCGCUGGGUGCUGGGCCGUCAGGCGCCUGGUCCUCCCUGAGCUCAGACCCCACAGGAGGAAAGCCACCGCACAGGUGGCAGGCUCCCCUCCCUGGGUGCUGUUACCCCAACCCUGUCCCAGAGCUUGAGGACAGGCUCUGAAGAGUGACCAGGUGGGAAAAUAAAGAUUUCGCGGA